AUGUCGAAGGCAGACGCAAAUAUGUCUGCUCAGCAGGAGAUCAACAAGGCUGAAAUCGAGACGAGCGAAUCGAUCCACAAACCCCUGCAAAACACCCGCGGUAAAGACAAAGCUGCAGAGCUUCUUGCGGCCAACGACCGCAUCGUUGUAACUUCAGAGGAGAACAGGAGAGUCCUUCGGAAAAUCGAUCUUGUCAUUCUUCCGAUCCUGUUGUCCGUUUACUUCCUCCAAAGUUUGGACAAGACCACCCUCUCAUACGCUUCUGUGUUCGGCCUCAUCACCGAUGCGAAACUUGAUCCCAACUCCCAGCAGUAUUCAUGGCUGGGAAGCAUCGUGUACAUUGCGCAGUUGGUGAUGCAGCCGCUGGUCGCAUUCUUCCUAGUCAAGUUUCCCACGGGCAAAUUCACCGGCAUAAUGGUUUUCACCUGGGGUGUCAUUCUGUGUGGCAUGGCUGGUGCGCACAACUUCGGGGGCCUGAUGGCUACUCGCUUCCUACUGGGUGCUUUCGAGUCCGCUGUCGCACCCGCCUUCAUCGCCGUCGUGCAAAUGUGGUACAAGCGCUCCGAACAAACGAACCGUAAUGCAGCAUGGUAUGCUAUGCUGGGCAUAGUGAACAUCAUCGGCAGUUUGCUUUGUUUUGGCCUUGGCCACAUCAAGUCGAACAUCCUGUACUCGUAUCAGAUCAUCUUCCUCUUCUGUGGUCUGCUCACCGUCGUUACGUCCGUUUUUGUCUACAUCUACAUGCCCGACUCACCGAUGGAAGCUAAAUUCCUCAACGACCAAGAUAAACUCAUCGCUGUCGAGCGCCUCAGGAUGAACCAGAUGGGUGUCGCUUCGCGCGUGUGGAAAUGGGACCAUGUCUUCGAAGCAUUCCUGGACGUCAAGACAUGGCUCUGGUUCUUCAUGCUGACGGCCGUCUCAAUUCCCAGUGGUGGUAUCACGACUUUCGGUCCGCUCAUUAUCCAGGGCUUCGGUUUUGGCAAGUUCGAGACAAUUCUUUUCAACAUGCCAUUUGGCGCGGUACAAAUCUUCGCAACGUGUGGAGGUGCUUGGUUGGCAACACGUUACAAAAUGAAGUCGGUCAUCCUGAUCGGUCUUUGCAUUCCACCCAUUAUUGGCAUCAUCAUUUUGAUGGUGGUUGGACGAAAACCUUCAGACCGAGGCGUUUUGCUCUUCGGUUACUACAUGACCUCUUUCUAUCCAGGUAUUUCGCCGCUCAUCUACUCCUGGUCAGGCCAAAACACUGGAGGAGAUACGAAGAGGAAGGUGACCACCAGUCUACUAUUCGUAGGCGCCAGUGCCGGCAAUAUCGUCGGACCACACCUGUUCAAGCCAUCUGAGAAGCCGUACUAUAGGCGCGGCCUACAAGUCAAUCUUGCGCUUUUCGUCUUGAUCAUUGUGCUGGUCGUAGUGGCAAUGGCUUGGAUUAAGCUCCUCAACCGCAAGCACGCUGCUACUCGCGAGAGUCUAGGAAAAGCUGUGAAUAUUGUUGACUUGAGUAUGGAGAACAGCCGACAGGUAGAUGCUGAGGAGGCUGAGAAUGUGGGUGCGAGUGGCGUUGGAGACAAGGCGUUCGAUGAUGUGACUGACAUCAAGAACGAGGAUUUCAUCUACGUAUAUUAG